AUGGCCUUUGCCUUCCACCACGCUGGAACUGCAAGGCUCCUGGCAGCGAGUUGUUGUACCGCUGCAGAGCUCCUCCACAACCAGUCUGACACGGCGCCCUACUCGCCAGACUUCACCAACGACCUCAACUGGCGCUUUGUGCGCACCGGCCGUGGUACAGACACCUGCUCCAACACCGGAUACACCCUGAUUGCCAACGGCCCGGUCAUCAACUUCGAUCAGACCCCCUUCAGUUACAUCUCACCGAGCAACGCCCUCAGCCCCCGCAGAUGGCUGGAGACACCCGUCAUCGACGCUCGCAACGCGACCGUCCUCGUGUUUCACAUUGAUAUGGGGUCGUCCACCUCCUCCUCCUGCUAUGUCAGCACUGCAUACCGUCCAGCCUUGCUCUUCUCUGUUGACGGCGGCGUGACCUAUCGCCUUUUAGCCGACCGCUUGGCUGCUGGUUGGCGCGUGCAAGGUGUCCGCUUCGCCAUCAUGCAGCAGGGCUCUUCACAGAAAUUUGCCCUUUCCCACUUUGCCCUGGCUGGACUAAGCUCUGAUGUUGGGUCGCGCUAUGCGGGCCACCUGGAUCUGGACCAGCCAAGCAGCAUCUUCAGCUCGUUUUAUGGUCAAAAAAGCAGCUUUUGUGCGUCGCCAGCCCUCGUGGCAGCCUCCACGUCGGCCGUCGCCGACAUGUAUUCCCAAACCUUUCUGCUCGCUCCCAAUGCCAGCAACGUCCUUGAAUUGGAUCUAGCCCUGGGUUGCAACGCGGACGGUGCCGACACGUCCAAUGGCUUGUCCAUUGAGUACAGCCUCAACGGUGGUCGCUCCUUCUCUUACAUCUCCUCCACCAGCUAUUGCAGCUACGCGGCCAGCUGCUCCUACUGGGUGCCGGACACCAGCAUAAUCAAAACUCAAGACUUUGCGAGCGGGUUUCGGCGCGUCUGGUAUGAGCUCCCAGCCGUUCAAGCACCCAACGAAGUCAUGUUCCGUUUUCGUCCCAACUCGGGCCGCCAGCCUCUAGCAUUGCGCGGCCUUUAUAUCGGCAGCUCCUGUCGCGGCAAGGCCUGUAGCGCGUUUGGCAGCUGCACCCCAACUGGUUGUGCCUGUCAAACCAACUUCAAUUGGAGUACCGUCGAUCAAAAAUGCAUGCCCAAUGGCCGCCAAGCGACCGAGUUGCGCGAAGACUUUGCAAGCGCGCCCUCAUCAACACGGUGGGCCGAUGUGAGCUUGGGUGCCUGGACUGGAUCAGGCACCCCAAAGUGUGGCUACGUUCAAGAUGGUGGCGCGCUGGCCUAUGACCCUCUCGUUCGUGUGCGCCUUCUGACCCAGCCCCUCGAUACUCGCAACGCUGAACGAAUCAGCUUUAACGUGCGAUAUGGCUCUUCACCAAGCAUCGGCGCCUGCUCCGGCAGUGGGUCGACAGCUCGCCUGUACAUUGGCUACAGCCUGGACGGUGGCCAUUCGGUGAUGGGUCUGGACACCAUAACGUACACCUCCUCUGCAUCAGCAACGCCCUUGUACUAUGUCUACAACCUUCCCUCUGCUGCCCGCGACGCGGCGGUUAGCUUCAUGUGGUGGCAAGCCAACCCUGACACGGGCGUUUGGCAGCUCGAUGGCAUUUUUAUAGGUUACAGCGAAGGGCCGACUGCCAUCUCCUUUGCUAUGCCCCUCAACACAUCCUCCGACCUAGCCCGCGGCGACUGGCUCUUCCCAGCCAAUGUGGUUAUUGCCUCGCCAGCCAGCUCACAGUGCUUUGGUGGUGCGCCAGCCGCAGUCGGUCGUACGGUGGGCGGCAUCGCUGCCUCACUCACUACUCGUGACAUGGGACCCAACCCUGAGACGCGUUUCAUGGAUGCCGCGCGGACCGUGUCAGACUUUGCUACCGUGGUCGGUGGGCAGGACGAGGCACAACUCUGUGGCCAGUCCCAGGCUGGCGUUUUGCUCAAUCUGGCCGUCGACUCGAGCGAUGGCGCUGCUCCGCGUAGCGUUACCACUCAACCCUUUGCCAUUGAUCACGAGGCUUACACCUUGACCUUCUCGCUUCUGCUCAGCGUGGGCGACUGUGACAGCCCUGAUAAUAGCGAUGAGUAUGUGCAAUUCCAGUAUAGUCUAGACAACGGCAUUUUCGUGACCGUCAGAUCAUUUGCUUCAUCCACCAACGGCUUUGCAUUUGCACUGAAUUCGGACACCUUUGUUGGUCACACCGUCGCCUUCCGCUGGAUUCAGACCCAUCAUGGUGCCGAGGACGACUUUUGGGGGCUUUUCGACGUGUCCUUGGCUGGCCGUAUACCACAACAGCCUGCGGUGCAGUUUGUGCUCGACCAGUCAUGUGCAGGUUCUGGCCAGGUGGACUUGGCCUACUCCACUUCUUGGGGGCAGAGUUGGAGCUCCUUGAGUACCUGCAACCCUCUGUCCUCCAGUAGCUGCCAGACGCACACUGAAGCCGCCUUCCGCUAUAUUGACAGCGAUUUCUUUGUCAGCGGGCCGCGUCGGUUGGCGGCGCAGCUGCCCGAGUCGAAUCAGCCACUGCGCUUCCGCCUCAGUGGCGACUUUGCUGCUGCCAACUUUUCCUUUAUGGUGGACCCCACCUCACGUUGCCCUGCUGCCUGCAACAAUCACGGUAUCUGCACCACCAACGGUUGCGUAUGUGAUGACGGCUAUCAGACUGCAAAUGAGACGUGCGUGGCGCUUGCAGGCACCAAUCCCACGCUUUUUCGCGAUGACGGCGUCCAAGUCACACCCGCUGACGGCUGGCAAGCCUUGGCUGGUGUUCGGCGUAGUGGCUCUGGCCGCAAGUGUGGAGUUCAUGGCGCCGGUCCUUUGCUGUUUUUUACCAAUGCCAUGCGUAUGGCUAUUACUCGCGACUUGGACACAACUCACGCCGAGCUGCUCGAGGCUACCAUUAAUGGUGGCAACAGCAACCUCAACGGAUGCAACGAUGUGGACUCGUCAACUGAGGGUGUGGCAGUGAGUUUUUCUACAGACGGUGGACUCACCUAUGAAAUCCUCGCCACGGUGCCUGGCACGGACAUUGACGACGGCGCCACGUAUCCGCUUGAGCUGGCCCUUCCAGCUGCCGCUCGAGGUCGGGCCGUGCGGUUCAUGUUUUGGCAGCCCUAUGUUGCCUCGUCAACCAGCGGCGCUACCCUGGGCUAUGACGAGUGGAGUCUGGAUGAGAUCUACGUCGGACCACAGCUCGAGGCACUUCCCAACUACCUCGAAGAUAGUCUCGUGACGGGACGCGAUGAUGCCAAGUUUGUGCACAUCCAAAAUGCAGCAGUGGACGCCUACUGUGGACGACCGGAGGUUUUGCGCUUUGAGGGGCAGACCAGCGACGAAGGAACGGCCCAGAUCUCGACAGUUUUUCUCAAUGUGACCGAGGCUUCCUUUUUACAGUUUGACUUGGCCACCAAUUGUGGGUCGAGAAACGACGACUUUGAAAUCCUAAUCCAAUACAGCGACAGACCAGGCUCGUGGAACAACUUGCGCGCCAGCUGCAAUCCAUUGGUAACGACAACCUGCACAAACAUUGAUGGCAGCACUCUUUUUGCGGCCGAUUAUGGUGACACGUGGACUCGUAUCACGCUGCCCAUUAGUCCAGCCCCACACCGUCGGUUCCGCAUUCGUGCAAGCGACAACAGUCGCUAUAGCUUUGCUUUGGGCAACUUGACCGUGGGCCUUCGCUGUCCCAUGCGCGAGGGCGCACCCUGCGGUGGGUUUGGGCGUUGUACGUCCGAAGGUUGCAUCUGCGACGCACAUGCUCGGCUUGACGCAUCUGGGGCCUGCGUUUCCACCGCUGCGCAAGUCAGCUUUUCGGAAGAAUUCACCCAGGGAGUCCAGUCGGAUAUUUGGCAAGUUCGGUCCUUUGGCGGCAGCACAGCGCUGCCCUGCAAUGGCAUGGGUGCUGGUGUGGCUGCCUUCUUUAGCGAGUAUGCCACGCGUCGCUUGACGACUCAACCCUUGUCUCCGGUCGAGAACCAGUCCCUUUCUUUCUUGCUUAUGUACGGUGACGACAGUAGCGGCUGCAACGCUCCGGAUUCCUCAAAUGAGCGCGUGGUACUACUCUUCUCGCGCAAUAACGGUUACUCCUGGACUCGCUGGGGGGAUUUUAAUCCGGUGUCCAGUUACCAGACCGUGCAGGCGGUGACCAUGGUCGUGGGCGCAGCCCAGGCCGGGCCAGGCGUAAUGUUUGCCUGGACGCAGCCUGGCACGCGCUUCACCGCCAACUACGACACGUGGUAUCUGGAUGCCGUGACCCUCGGUCCCGCUGCACCACAGGCGCGGCCAAGCACACUUGCCUUCACCGCGGGUAGCGUCCUCACGCCAGCACCUGUCAUGGCCUACACGAUCAACGCUGCGGUGGAUGGUUACUGCGGGCGCGCCAGCGUUCUCAAGGCGGCUGCUUCCGGAGAAGCGCUGGCGCUCAUGGAAACGGCGCCAAUCUGGCUGGAUGCUGAUGGUGCCGGCGCUUACGUGCAGUUUGACAUGGCCGUUGGCUGCGGUUCCUAUUCAUCCUCCUUUGUGCGCCUGGAGUAUAGCCUUGACUUUGGGGUGUCGUGGCAAUCGCUGCUGCCGUCCCAGUGCAACCCGCUGUCGUCUCCGAGUUGCACAUCGUGGGUAGGUCUGGGAGGCUCGGACUAUUUUGCCGCAGCUUCGGCAACGUGGGUUCGUCAUCUGCUGCCCUUGGAAAAGACCAAUCUGGCUUCACGCUUGAAUCAGCCGUUGCGACUGCGUUGGGUGGCGCAAGAUUCAGUUUCGAGCGCUUCCACACGAGCCUUUGCGCUGGACAAUGUCUACAUUGGCUCCGAGUGCAGCACUACCGAUCGCAUUGGCUGUGGUCGGUACGGGCGUUGCGUCAAUGCUACUUGUGAGUGUGAUCUUACCUACGUUCUGAGUGAUGCGGGCUGUGUGCCAUCAGAGCCGCUCUCCGGCUUCAAGGAGGAUUUUGAGGAUGAUCUCGAUCCUCGGCGCUGGGCCCAGCUGAGCGGCGAAACCUUGAAGGUUUCCGAAUGCACUAUUUUUGCAGGGUCGAAUAGCCGCAGCUUGCAUUUUGACUCGGCAUAUGAGCGCUUUGCCAUGACUGGCGACCUGGAUCUUCGUCGUGGCCGCGACGUCUCCUUCAUGAUUCGCAUGGGAAACAGUGCAGACUCAAGCUGCAACUCGGCCUCGGCUGCACAGGGUCUUGUUAUCGCCUAUAGCAUCGAUACGGGCGCUACCUGGACGGUGUUGAGUACAUUAUCUGGUAUGGAGACCUACUAUCAAGCUGAGCGCCUGCGUCUGGCCAUUCCGGCGGCCGCCAAAACGCGCGCCACGCGGAUUCUCCUUUACCAGCCCUCGCACCUCAGCACUGUUGGCUACGACGAAUGGGCCGUGGAUAAUUUUGCCAUCGUAUCGCAGGACUCUGUUCCUUCAAUUUUGCACCUCACGCUCAACGGUACAGCCCUCGAUUCAGCCUCCUUCACGUUUGCCACAGGCACAAGUGGGUACGCAUCUUAUUGCGGUGAGCCCGCGUUGCGGUUUGCUACCGCUGGUAGCGCCUUCAAGACGUUCGAAACCGGUCUGGUGCACAUCAACUCUUCGGACGCGUUUCUGCAGGUGCGACUUGUGGCUGCUUGCGGCACGGCCGCAGCCGUGUCGAGCAGCGAAGUAGUGCUGCAGUCGACUCCAGAGGGGAGUGGUACGGCGACAUCGUUGACAGCUGCCACGUCCACUUGUGGGUCGAGCAGCUGCUCCUAUUGGCAAGGCCAUGGUGUAAGCUCUUAUUUUUUGAGUGACUUCACCAAGACGUAUCGACGCUUGACGCUCCCCGUGCGUGCUCUGAACUCAGCGCGUCGCUUUGAGGUCGGGGGCCCGGAAACCAGCGACACCUUUGGUCUUAGCGUGGCUGAGCUGUAUGUCGGCAAUGGUUGUGAAUAUGAUUGUCGAGGCCAUGGUUUCUGCACCCUGAACGGCUGUCGAUGCGAUGAUGGCUAUGAUCGGACUGCAGAUGGGCGUGGCUGCGUUGCGGGUAGCAUGCCCGUGGAUGCUGUCAAGGAGACCUUUGACGCGCCCGAUCCCACAAUCUGGAAUUUGAAGCAGAGCUAUGGUUACAAGUUGGCUGCCAAUGGCGGCAGCUGUCAAGCGGUGGCUGAUGGCUAUGCUUUGCUUUUCAAUCAACCGAACCUCCGCUUUCUCGUGACAAACGAACUCAAUCUCACGAAUGCGCUGGUCAUCGAGUUGAUGAGCAAGUUCGGCACGUCACCAUACACCUCGCUCUGCCGACAACCAUCUUCUAGCGAAGGGUUGAUUGUGGCGUACAGCCUUGACUUUGGCCGCUCUUGGACGCGCAUUACAACCGUCUCGUCCAGCACGUCGACGGCUUUUCUGAGUUCGAUCAGCCUGCCCAGCAGCGCCCGGCGCGAUGGAGUGCGCCUCGCCUUUUUCCAGCCGAGCCACACGGCAUCCGAAAACUACGAUGUUAUCAGUCUCGACAACGUGUUUGUCGGUCCGUCCGCAAGCUCACCGUCCGUGCUUGAGGACGACUUUGACGAUGUUGACGAGGAGAAUUUUUUGUUUGUCACCGGUGGCGAUGUGCGAACGACAUGCGGGCGAGACAACAACGUCUUAUACUUCUCUGGGACAAGUACGGCGGAGCUGAGCGUGGUGACGCGCGUGCUAGACCUGCGACCCAGCCUUGUGUCCCUCCUUCGCCCGCCAACCAGUUCUGAGGUCGACAGCCCGUACGCACAGGCGGUUGGUGCAGAGUUUGGCACAUUUUGUGGCCUGACCAAUGCUCUGGGCUUUCAACUUGCCUCUGCCGAUCGGCUACUCGAGACAGAGGAUUUGUUUGUUCGCACGGAUGGCCUUCGUCUAACUUUUACGGCCAACGUCGGCGUUUCGGGUUGCGAGCCGCCCGAGGCCGGGGACAUCGUACGUCUCGAGUACUCGCAAGACAGCGGCGCAACCUGGACAACGUUGCAGACUCUCUCCGGUGCACAGGCCUACAGCAUCGCGAUGGACAAUUACCCAGAAUUUCGCAAUGGCACCGUUCGUUUCCGCUGGCGUCAAGCUGUCUUCUCCAAUACCGCUCCCGGCAAUGACGCUUGGGCCCUGGCUGAUGUGCAGCUGGCCGGCUAUCCAUUGCUAACAACUUGGGUGCAAUUUGCCGCACGCGUUGGGUGUGGUGACACAAGUGCCACGGUACCUCUGCAAGUGUCAUAUAGUACCGACGUUACGGGUUCCUUUUCACCUGUGCCUUACAGCUGUGAUGGAACGAUCUCUUCAUCCUCGUGCAAAACGAUGACCUUUUAUCAGGGCGAAAUUUAUCCCGCACAAGCCGGCGAAUGGCGACGCUUCGCGUUUCCAUUGGGCACUUCCAUUGGUGAUUCGGUGCGACUGAAGCUGGCCAUGACUCCGGGCAAUGUUUUUGCCGUGGACGACCUUUACAUCGGCCCAGGCUGUCCCAAUAUGUGUAGCGGGCACGGUCGAUGCACGGGAUCGGGGGCUUGCAUCUGUGAUGCUGGAUAUAGCGGCUUGGCCUGCGACCGCAGUGCUGCUGUGCGCGCGUACUUGCAAGACACUUUCACGGGCACGUCUGUAGAUCCGAGCAAGUGGGCGGUGGCCACUGGCGUUAUCUCAUCAUCGUGCGCGAGAGUCCCUUCUCUGUACUUUCAGGAUAGAUCAGUCAAUCAGGAGGCUCUGACGCAACCUCUCAACUUGACCUUUGUUGAGACCGUCUCUUUUGAGUUGAUUGGCUGUGGUACCUCUUCAUACUCCGUCACCUAUAUUGGUUUGGCAUGCACAACCGACUUUGCUCGCUACUCAGUCUUUUGGACGGGUCGAGCGACGAGCAGUAGCUAUGCCGCCGCUUUCACGGUGUCCAUCCCCCCCACCUGUCGCCAGAGCUUUGUCAGUCUGCGCUGGCUGAGUACAGCGCCGAGUUAUAACUUUCCGUGGGCUCUGAUGAACGUGUCCCUGGGCGGGGCUGACGACGGUCGUGACUCAACAAUAGACGACAUGUGCCAGGACGGCGUUUGUGUCGGAACAGAUUACUGCUCUACCGUGACGUGCAGUCUGACAACUACAUGUACCGCUAGUGUGGCAUGUAACUCCAGCGCUCGAAUGUGUGAAUAUGUGAACCUACCAGAUGGCAGCAUAUGCGAUGACGGUCGCCCCGAAACCUACAACAGCACGUGUCUCGGUGGAACGUGCAUUGGCCAACUCGACCCCUGUUUCAAUGUUUCCUGCGCUAAUACGGUCCAAUGUGAGGAGAGCAGCUGUGAUUCCAUGACCGGCCAGUGCAUUGCGGUGGCGCUAGACGAUGGAACGCCGUGCUCCGAUGGCAAUGCCAGUACUCUUGAUUCGUGUGUCAGUGGCGUGUGCGUGUCGACCGAUAAUUGUGCCAACGUCACGUGCGACACAGUUGGGCCUUGUGCCAGCGCUGCUUGUGAGCCCAUUUCAGGAACCUGUCAGUCCUACUUUUUUCCCGCGGGCCACAACUGCGACGAUGGUAACGCCAGUACAAUUGAGGAUCAAUGUACUGCUGAUCACCUGUGUGUCGGGCGACCCGGCUGUGACUUGAUCGUUUGCUCGCCCGUGUCACAAUGUCAUGCUACCGGUGAAUGCACCGAUGGCACUUGCACCACUCCAGUGCUACCUGAUGGCACCACAUGUGAUGACGGAGAUGUGCGAACCAUCGACGACAGCUGUCAGGCGGGGGUAUGCAGCGGUGUGGUGGACAGGUGCUACGGCGUUGUGUGUAAUCAGACUUCGGCCUGCAUCACUAGUGCUGCUUGUGAUGGUGGCAUUGGGCAAAACAGUCAACGACACAUGCGUUGCCGGCACUUGCCUUGGUGUUGUGCCAACGACCACUACCACGACGACGACGACGACGACGACCACAACGACCACAACGACCACAACGACCACAACGACCACAACGAUCACAAGAACAACUGCCACAACCACGACGACAACUAUGGCAACGGCGACAUCAUCAACACCACCAAGAGUGGAAAUGGCGAGAGCAACAAAUCGAGCAGCUCGGCCAAAUCCAUGGACGAUUGGAUUCCCAUCAUCAUCGCUGUGGUGGCAGGUGUCAUUCUGCUGAUUGUUCUCAUCAUUGCAAUCACGUGCUACAAGAUUCGCACGGCCAACCGUAAAGCGCAACAGUACACCGUGGCUGACCGGAGUGCGACCGUUUUUGCCAAUCCAACCUACGACGCUUCGCGAGACCGGUCUGGUGACGACGACGGCCUCUACUACCGCACCAGUACGUCCAUGCCAAGUGUGCAGCUUUGCCUGCAGUCUUCCGCCGUUUGUCACAUGCAUGCCUGUGCUUUGUCCCACACGUGCCUCGUAGGCAUGGCCCAUUCAGGCUCUCGCAACGAGCCAUUAUACGCUGAAGCCAAUGAAAACCCAGACUUUUCUGAGCCCGGGCGCUUGGAUACAGCCGGCUACCUGACCGUGGUGCGAGACGGCGGAGAUGAUGACGUGGAGCUAUGA